UGUCUUAGUGUAAUUUAUCUUGCAUCGCGAAAGAUCCAACAUUGAGCCAUGCGCCUACCUACCGCCGUCGACGCUGUUGCUGCGGCUGCAGGGAUUAUGGCCCUCUGCCUUGCUGAAGAAUCCCCGCGGUAUGAAAGGACGUCAAGGCAAGUGCAUGAAUCGGCAAUAGUGCAAGCAGCUAACUUUGCUGUCGACGAACUGAAGAAGUUGUCGGACACGGGGAUUUAUACAUCGUUGGACUUGGUCCAGAUCAAGAACGCGUCGACUCAGGUGGGCGAGUUUCACUUUAUGACGUACAUGCAUCUAGACCUCGCGUCACCACACUACAAAAGCCGCCAACCCGUUGAAUCUUUCUCGGUUGUUGUCAUGCAGAGCAAGGCUGACGACGUGUGGAGUUUUGCCAUCGAUGAUUUUCCUGUCAUGGACGAAGACGCCAUCGAAAUGUAUUGGAUCGACAUGGUCGAGAAACGUCGUCGAGCGCGCGAGGCAGUGUUUGCCGACUGGAGUGGCGACGAUAUCAACUCGCAACCAUCGCCACCUGUCCAAGAACGCACAUACUCGAAAGAUGAGCUAUAGUGGCGCCAUGUUUACAUGGUGUGUGCAGUGCACGUUGAGUACAUGGGUAAUUUCUACUCAGCCGGAA